GUGCACCCAUCCAUCCAUCCAUCCGUCCACUCGUUCUCUCACGCACACACAGACCCGUGCAUGUAACAGCAAAACAAAACAAUACACAACGUCACGUCAGACUCUCUUUUGGCACUAUCACAUUGCUCGUUCGCACAGGCAGGCCUUCUUUCCAUGGCCCAUCUCACGUCAUCUCACUCUAUAGGAACUCACUGCAUACACUCAUAAGGGUGUGACGGCAGGGGAAACCCCACCUCGCCCAUCCCCACCCUCUGCUGCGACAACGGCGAGUCGAACAUCUCUAACGAAGGGCCCACCAGUGCCUCCUCACCCACACCCACACUCACACCCACGCCCACCCCCCCUCCCCAACAGACCUCCCUGUCCAGCAUGUGCAUAUCGUCUAACACAUCCAGGAGGGGCGGGGGGCUGGCGGAUGGCGGAUGGCGAGUGGGGGUCCAGCAAGCCGCCUGGUGAGGGUGAGAAGGGGUGGUGGUUGUGGGGUUGGUGCCAUGACGUGUGUGGUGCGUUCAUGGCGGCAGCCGAGUAUGUGCCGAGUGACGCAGAAGAGCUGAGUGACGAGAGGGGGGAGUGGCAAUGGGAUGAGGGGGGCGGCGGAGGCCGUGGGACUCGCAGCCACUCAUACUCAUCCUGAAAAGACCAACACACAAGACGCACCACUCCACUGACACGGAUGAUUCCCCGGACGGACAACCGUCUCUUUGUCUGUCUCACCUGGUCGGUCUCCCCACAUGCCUUCUCAGGCUCCAAGGCGUCCAUGGCGACACCUCUGCAUGGCAUCUCGUCUCUUGGCUGGCUGCUGAUGCUGGGUGGCCGCUCGUCGGUGGCCGGUGUGGGCGAGUUAGGAGGGGACAGGAGGGGAGUGGAGGGCGGGGUGGGCAGGGGGAACUGGUACACCUGCUGAUGCUCCUGGUCCUGCUGAUGCCGCUCCCGCUCCCACUCCCGCGCAGGCCCCCGACGCAUCGCCACCUGCACGUCUUGCAGCCUACUGGCCUUCUCCUCACGCUCCUCAUCAUCGGACCACCGUGACGCCACCCUCUCACAAACACCAGCACCGUCGACCCCAUUGUCGCUUUUGACGCGCAUCGGCAUGUCGGCACUCGCUGUGGGCGUGCUGCUGUUGCUCUGGCUUCCUGACGCGUCGGUGCCUGCGGCACAGGUGUGCUGCCGGCGCAUGAAGGCCAGGGGCCGGGGGAGGGCUUCGACGGAGUCUGACUUGCGUUUCUUGCUGCUGGAGGUCUUCAUGCUGGCCAGCUCGCUGCACACCAGCUGAGACAAUUCACCCUGAUCAAUCACACCAACACCACCACACAGGCAGACGAUGAGAUGAAGUCUGUGGUGCGUUUGUGUCCGGCUCACUCCUGACUGACCAUGACGAUGCUUUCUGAGGGUCCCCGCCUCGUUGUGGCCGAAAGCGCCAUAGGAGCACAAGCAAGGGAGGGGCGGUGCAACACGCCGUCUUCUUCGUUGCAUGGAUGAGCAGCGGGCGGCUGCCCGAUGACCUUGGUGACGAUCUCGUGCAUCGCCUGCAGCAGAGCGAGAGGGCUGGUGGUGGCUCGGGAGGGCGGUAGAGAUGAUGUUGCUGGUCGGGGCGGGGGCGGGGGCGGGAGUGAGGGAGGGGGCAGCCGGGCAGACGAGAGGCCAUGACGGGUGGAGGUGGUGAAGGUGGUGGUGAUGGUCUCUGGCCUUAGCAGUGGCAGCAUGUGUUGUCCGUGUCCUGCGCAGGCCAUCUCGUCGCCCUUGUCGUGCCUCUGCUUGAACUCCUUGAUGGAGAACCCACGGCGGCUGACACACACUCACAGAGAUAAACACAGAGGUCACGCAGCCGCUACCAUUAGUCAGUCCCCCGGGCCACCCCCCUGACUCGACUCACCUGCAGAAUCUGCUGAUGGAGCUUUCAUUGGAGCAGGCAUAUCCGUAUUGGUUGUGCAGCAGCUCCACUACGGCCUCGAGGGUGAUCUUUGGCUUGGUCUGCAGCAGGUUCUUGAUGAUGUCGAGCGCCGGCUCGUCCAAACUCUUGCCGCGACCAGGCCAAAAGGUCUUGGCCCGCUUGCGCGGCUCCAGAAAGCCUAGUUGAACCAGCCAGCGACGAACAGACAACAGCAGAUGGGCUGUGUGUGGCUGUGUGGCUGUGUGGCGGUGUGCUGACUGACUCGGGUCUCUGUUGGUGGCUAUCAUGGUUUCGACUUGCGAGAUGUAUCUGGCGAUGCUGCUCUGGCUGAGGUCGAACAUGGCUGCUAUCUCCUUCUGAGGCUUGCCAGAACGCCAUAACCGAUACACCUCCUGCAGCCAGCAAACCAAAACACACAGACACAGACAGACCGUUGGUCGGCCCCUCUGUACGGAUCUUUUCUCGUCGAAGUGCGCACCUGUUUGAGACCGCCGGGAUGGCUCUUGCCUCGCUGACCCAUCCCUCUUGCUGCACAGGGGAGCGGGGACGGGAAAGCAGCAGGCGCAGACGCGCGUCUGACAC